UGCGGGGGGACGCCGCGAGCCCGUGCCUCUGGGGCCGCCCGCCGUCGGACCUGGAAAGCGAAUUAAGUCCCGCGAGGGUGGGAGAGAAGCCGAGAGAGGGAAGCCCGCCUUGGCGGUCCCGCUUUUCUGGCAGAUCCUGGGUGGAUUCCACGCACGAACGCGACCGAGCUCGGAGGAAUCUCAUCCAGACCCGUCCGUUUGGAGGAAGCCGCCUUCCUCGCAUUCCGCCCGGCUGUCCCAUCAGGGUGGCAUCCGUGGCUCUCCAGAUGGGCUCCCAUCCACGUCAGGCUUCACAGAAUGGUCUCCCUUUCACUCAGAUUUGUUACCGCUGAGCUCCCAGUUCCAGCCUUGGUCACUGGGACUCACGCGCUCCUCCGUUUCCUUCUGUGGGGUGUUGGAGGGCAGGGGGCCACUUCCUGGGGGAUCCUCUCUUAGCUCUUUGGGGCUGGUGACGAGCUCCAGUUCAGCUCCCCUGUAAUUAACUUAAGGUUUUUCUCUUGCCUUCCCGCUUUCUCUGCUACACAGAAAUUCGCCACUCGGUUUGGCCGGAUCUUUUUGUUUCCCACCAGCCAAAGCUGUUGCAGUCACCAUGGCUGUCCCAGAACCCCGGUCCAAUCACACCAUCUACAUUAACAAUCUGAACGAGAAGAUCAAGAAAGACGAGCUGAAGAAGUCUCUCUACGCCAUUUUCUCUCAGUUUGGCCAGAUCCUCGACAUCCUGGUGUCCCGCAACCUGAAAAUGAGAGGCCAGGCCUUUGUCAUCUUCAAAGAGAUAUGCAGCUCCACCAAUGCCUUACGCUCCAUGCAAGGGUUCCCUUUUUAUGACAAGCCCAUGAGGAUCCAGUAUGCCAAAGCAGAUUCUGACAUCAUAGCCAAGAUGAAAGGCACUUUUGUGGAGCGGGACCGCAAGAGAGAAAAACGAAAGCCCAAAGGCCAGGAGGCACAAGCAGUUAAAAAGCAGAUCCCGGGAGCAGCUGCACCAGUGGCGCCUUCAGUCCAAGGCACUGUGCCUGGCAUGCCGCCCAUGAACCAAGGCCCCUGUGUGAUGCACCACAUGCCAGGACAGCCCCCUUACAUGCCACCUCCAGGCAUGAUGCCGCCGCCUGGCAUGGCGCCGGGAUCCAUCCCCCCAGGGGCGAUGCCGCCACAACAGAUGCUGCCAGGACAGAUGGCCACAGCGCAGCAGCUGUCGGAGAAUCCACCUAACCAUAUUCUGUUCCUCACCAACCUUCCUGAGGAGACGAAUGAGUUGAUGCUGUCCAUGCUGUUCAACCAGUUCCCUGGCUUCAAGGAGGUGCGGUUGGUGCCCGGUCGCCAUGACAUUGCCUUUGUUGAAUUUGAUAAUGAGGUGCAGGCUGGUGCUGCCCGUGAUGCCCUCCAGGGUUUCAAGAUCACCCAGAACAAUGCCAUGAAGAUCUCCUUUGCUAAGAAGUGAUGCCCCAUUCCAGGGUGGGGGGAGUUCCUGGAUUAUUGCCCUUUUUUCCUAGUUUUUGCCUGUAAAAUGGUUUGUGUUGUUUCUCUGAUGUUGUCUUCUGUGAAGGUAAGUGUGCGUGCAUGUAUGAAUGAGCGAGUGAAAGGGAAAUAAUUCACAGCUGCAUGAAAGGUGGCAGAGCUUGUCACGGGUUAUCUGCCCGUUGGGUGUGUGGCAUCUGAAAGCUAGCAGCCGAUUCUUUGCAAAAGCAUUGUACCCAGAGUCUGACGGCCAGACAUUGCACCUGGAGCUUUUCUUUUUUGCAGUAAAAAUGUUCCUUCAUUCUUA